AGGCUGUAGCUAGGCCACCAGAGCCCAGAGGGAGCCUGCUGGAGGAGCGUAUCUGCACCCUUGGGCCGCCCCGGCCAGCAGGGGCCACGGACACCAUGAACGACGUGGCCAUCGUGAAAGAGGGGUGGCUACACAAACGAGGGGAGUACAUCAAGACUUGGCGGCCACGAUACUUCCUCCUCAAGAAUGACGGAACCUUCAUCGGCUACAAGGAGCGGCCCCAGGAUGUUGACCAGAGGGAGUCCCCCCUCAAUAACUUCUCUGUGGCACAAUGCCAGCUGAUGAAGACAGAGCGGCCCAGGCCCAACACCUUCAUCAUCCGCUGCCUGCAGUGGACUACGGUCAUCGAACGCACCUUCCAUGUGGAGACGCCUGAGGAGCGGGAGGAGUGGACAACAGCCAUUCAGACCGUGGCUGAUGGACUCAAGAGGCAAGAGGAAGAGAUGAUGGACUUCCGUUCGGGCUCACCCAGUGAUAACUCGGGAGCAGAGGAGAUGGAGGUGUCCCUGGCUAAGCCCAAGCACCGCGUGACCAUGAAUGAGUUUGAGUACCUGAAGCUACUGGGCAAGGGCACCUUUGGGAAGGUGAUCCUGGUGAAGGAGAAGGCCACAGGCCGCUACUACGCUAUGAAGAUCCUGAAGAAGGAGGUCAUCGUGGCCAAGGACGAGGUGGCCCACACACUCACUGAGAACCGCGUCCUGCAGAACUCCAGGCACCCCUUCCUCACAGCCUUGAAGUAUUCCUUCCAGACCCACGACCGCCUCUGCUUCGUCAUGGAGUACGCCAAUGGGGGCGAGCUCUUCUUCCACCUGUCCCGCGAGCGUGUGUUCUCCGAGGACCGGGCUCGUUUCUACGGCGCAGAGAUCGUGUCCGCUCUGGACUACCUGCACUCCGAGAAGAAUGUCGUGUACCGCGACCUCAAGCUGGAGAACCUCAUGCUGGACAAGGACGGGCACAUUAAGAUCACGGACUUCGGGCUGUGCAAGGAGGGCAUUAAGGACGGCGCCACCAUGAAGACCUUCUGUGGGACACCUGAGUACCUGGCCCCUGAGGUGCUGGAGGACAAUGACUAUGGCCGGGCCGUGGACUGGUGGGGGCUGGGUGUGGUCAUGUACGAGAUGCUGUGCGGCCGCCUGCCCUUCUACAACCAGGACCACGAGAAGUUGUUUGAGCUCAUACUGAUGGAGGAGAUCCGCUUCCCUCGCACGCUGGGCCCAGAGGCCAAGUCCCUGCUCUCCGGGCUGCUGAAGAAGGACCCCAAGCAGAGGCUCGGCGGGGGCUCCGAGGAUGCCAAGGAGAUCAUGCAGCACCGCUUCUUUGCCAGCAUCGUGUGGCAGGAUGUGUAUGAGAAGAAGCUCAGCCCACCCUUCAAGCCCCAGGUCACAUCAGAGACAGAUACCAGGUAUUUUGAUGAGGAGUUCACGGCGCAGAUGAUCACCAUCACACCGCCUGACCAAGAUGACAACAUGGAGUGCGUGGACAGCGAGCGCAGGCCACACUUCCCCCAGUUCUCCUACUCGGCCAGCGGCACAGCCUGAGGGCCACCAGGAGGGCCUUGGCAGCCCUGUGCUGCGAGAUGUCCUGGACCCAGGAGCCUCAUGUGGACGAUCUGUAUCUGAUGGUCUCAUUUUCAGACGCAUUGGGGAGGAGCUAUGCCAGCCUCCACUGGUGGGAGGAUAUUCCUGCUGUGGAUGGCAUCCUGCCUCCCCGCCAGGUCAAAAGGAAAACUCUUCUGCAGUUUUUCUUAAUUUAUUUCAUCCGAUUUGUUCUCCAGAUAUGGCCUUGGCCCUCAGAACAUUAAAUUCCCUAGGAGAACAUUAAAGACUUCUGCAGCCCCCUGCAAUGUGGGCCUGUGGGUCUGGCCACCGCCCUGUCUACCGCCGUCCCUCUCGGCUAUCACCUGCCUUUAAGGACCAGGCCCCUGCCCCGGCCUGGGGGCACCAGGAGCACCUUCAUUCCCUCAGGAAGGCACAUGGCAGCCCCUAGCCCAAGGACUGUGCCUCUGAGGAGGUCCUUGGAGCUGGCCCCACAUGGGGCUGGGGGGUGGGCCUGACAGGGCAGGGGAACGAGUUUCAGUUGUUGCUGUCUAUUCUGCUGUGUGGAGGCACUCGGGGGUUCAUCUUAGUGACAGGAAAGCCCCCUCCCCUCGGGUCAUGGCCUCCACUCAGGUGGUCUCUUAGCACUUGUCCUUCCAGAUGCUUUACUCCAGGCCGUGUCCUGGCCCUCCUGCCCCUGGCCAGACGGCACCCGCUGCUGUACCACGCCGUUUUUUACAACAGUCAACUUUAGCAUUUUUACUAUUAUGAUACUUUCCCUCCAAACUCUUCAAUAAAAAUUGCUUUUCAAGUU